CUGUUUUGACGCCAUUUUACAGGCGAAUUUUGUGUGUGUGUUUUUCUUGUGACGCGUUGUUGUAACAAAAAAGGAAAAGCAAAAGAAAAAGAGUGAAGGUGUGCAAUUUUCACCAGCAGCAACGAGAACAGGGAACACAGCAGCCACACACAGCCAGUGAAAAUGUCGCAACGCUUUGCACCUGGCCAAGCGCCGGUGCAGUCGCGCUACCAACCGCCGCCGCCGGCUCCCGGCAUGCGUCCCUAUCCCCCGCCAGGCGCCACUUUUCCGCCCAGGGGCUUUCCCUUGCAUCCGAACACAACGCAACCGGUGCCAGGCACAGCGCCUGGUGCUGGUGUACCCGGCGUGCCGGGCGUACUCCCCGGCGGUCCCGGACCUGGUUCCCUUUUGCAGCGCGCCGCCCAGCAGCCGGCCUUUCAGAGCGGUCUGCGUGGCACCGGUGGCGGCGGCGGUGGUGGCGGUGGAGUCGGUGGCGGCGGCGGCGGAGGUGGUAGCGGUGGCUCAGGAUCUGGCGGCGGCAGCAAGCGUUCCAAUGAGGCACGCGGCCUGGGCAGUGGGCCGGGCGGAAAGGGUGAAUUUGUGGCGGCCAAGAAGAAGAAGAAGCUGGCAGACAAGAUAUUGCCGCAAAAAGUACGAGAUUUGGUACCAGAAUCACAGGCCUACAUGGAUCUGUUGACAUUCGAAAGGAAGCUGGAUGCGACGAUUAUGCGCAAGCGCCUGGACAUACAGGAGGCACUGAAGCGACCCAUGAAGCAAAAGCGCAAGCUGCGCAUAUUCAUCUCGAACACAUUCUAUCCCAGCAAAGAGCCGACCAAUGAUGGCGAGGAGGGUGCCGUGGCCUCGUGGGAGCUGCGCGUUGAGGGUCGCCUGCUGGAGGAUGGCAAGGGUGAUCCGAAUACCAAGAUCAAGCGUAAAUUCUCAUCAUUCUUUAAAUCGCUGGUCAUUGAGCUGGACAAGGAGCUAUAUGGUCCGGAUAAUCAUCUGGUGGAAUGGCAUCGCACACACACCACCCAGGAGACGGAUGGUUUUCAGGUGAAACGGCCGGGCGAUCGUAAUGUGCGCUGCACCAUUCUCCUGCUGCUUGACUACCAGCCGUUGCAGUUUAAGCUGGACCCGCGCCUUGCUCGGCUUUUGGGUGUGCACACCCAGACCCGGCCAGUCAUCAUUUCCGCCUUGUGGCAGUACAUCAAGACGCACAAGCUGCAGGAUGCCCACGAGCGGGAGUAUAUCAAUUGUGACAAGUAUUUGGAGCAGAUCUUUAGCUGUCAGCGAAUGAAGUUUGCCGAGAUACCGCAACGCCUCAAUCCAUUGCUCCAUCCCCCAGAUCCGAUUGUGAUUAAUCAUUUCAUUGAGAGCGGGGCGGAGAAUAAGCAGACAGCCUGCUAUGACAUCGAUGUUGAGGUGGAUGAUACGCUUAAGAAUCAAAUGAAUAGCUUCCUGAUGAGUACGGCCAGCCAGCAGGAGAUCCAGGGAUUGGAUACCAAGAUCCAUGAGACGGUGGAUACCAUUAAUCAGAUGAAGACGAAUAGGGAGUUCUUCCUGAGCUUUGCCAAGGAUCCGCAGAUGUUUAUACACCGAUGGAUCAUCAGUCAGACGAGGGAUUUGAAGCUCAUGACGGAUGUGGUGGGCAAUCCGGAGGAGGAGCGACGUGCCGAGUUCUACUAUCAGCCCUGGACGCACGAGGCCGUUUCGCGCUACUUCUUCACCAAGGUCAAUCAGAAGCGAGCGGAACUGGAGCAGGCCUUGGGCAUACGCAAUGGCUAAGGCGGUGGUUGGAGGAGCAGUAAAUCCAAGAUCCGUAAAUCCUUGCGCACGGCAAACUCUUUUUUUUCCUUGGGCCCCUUAAGUUUAAGACUAAAAGAUUAUAUUAUAUAUAUAAAUAUUUCCUCUACUUUUUUUUCUGAAAUUUUUUAUCCUUUUGUGAGCCUUGUGUUCUGUCUUUUGUCCUCUGUCCCCCCUGUCCCCUGUCCUGUGUCCCCCCCAGCAAACCAUAUUGGACCUAAAAUUAAGCUAAUAAAAUGGCAUUUAAAUAUAGAAUAUCUAUAACUUUA